GAUUCUGCCAAGUGACUUCCCCAAGCCUCGCAAACUCAUUCUGAUCCAGGUCAUCCUAGCCCAGCAGUUGUUCAAUAUGAAGUAACUGAGAGCAGGGUAUAAUCAGACAGAUUUUUAAAAUCAGAACUCAAGUAGUGGAAAAACUGUUUUGGCCAACUUUCUGACCGAAUCUUCUGACAUCACUGAAUACAACCCCACGCAAGGAGUGAGGAUCCUGGAAUUUGAGAACCCACAUGUUACCAGCAACAACAAAAGCUCAGGCUGUGAAUUCGAGCUCUGGGACUGUGGCGGCGAUCCUAAGUAUGUCUCCUCUGAAGAAGGUCUCCUUCAUCAGGCAGGGCUGUGGCAGGGCGGCAGAGCGCUUGCCUAGCAUGCACACGGCCCUGGGUUCCAGCCCCACGUGCACACACGCUGCCCACCAGGUUCGAGUCCUGCUGGCCGGCCCUGAUGAAGGACGCCCACGGAGUAGUGAUCGUCUUCAAUGCCGACGUCCCGAGCCACCUGAGGGAGAUCGAGAUGUGGUACUCCUGCUUCGUCCAGCAGCAGUUCCUACAGGACACCCAGUGCCUGCUGAUCGCACACCACAAACCCGGCUCUGGCGGUGACGCAGGGAGCCUGUCUCUGUCACCACCCUUGAACAAGCUGAAGCUGGUGCACUCCAAUCUUGAGGAGGACCCUGAAGAGAUCCGGAUGGAAUUCAUCAAGUAUUUAAAAAGCAUAAUCAAUUCGGUGUCUGAGAGCAGAGACCGGGAGGAGAUGUCCAUUAUUACCUAGCCGCCUCCCCCUGGACUUCCAUCGCCCAAAUGACAUCAACCGCUUCCUCGUCCAGAACUCAAACUUCAUCCAGCUGCUGAUGUGUUCUCCUCCCUGUGACUACAGAAGAAAUUUUCCUUGCCUCCUACAAGGUACCGGUCAGUCAGAGGGUUGACUCCUAAUAUCUAUCCUCUCUCCAUAGUUCAGUGGGGAAACUUCUGUCUCUGAAUUCUGCUUCCUUAGCCCAGUCCUUUCCAAAGAGCUGGAAAAUUAAGCUGGGAGACUUCACAUACGUACAGUCAUAAAAACUAUGGAAUUGUAACAAAGAUACAACAGCGGUUUCAUUCACGUGUGAUUUUCAUUCCUUGAGUCACUCAACAAAUGCCAACUAGUUGAGCAUCUACUAUGUGCCAGGUGCUGUUCUAGCUGCUGCUGAUAUACAGCAUGGUGGAACACAAAAAUCCUUGUGCUUGAGUUUCAGUUUGAUUUUUCUACAUAAUAGGUAGAUCAAAAACAUAAGUACUACAUUUUAGAUAGGAAGGGGAAAAAAGACAGUCUUUAUUUUCUAUAACGGGUAUAAAUUUCACAUGCCCUCAUACCCCACUUAAUGAGGUGACCUGGGAUGCUUACUAUGCCAAACGGGGUUCAGGUGAUCUUUGUUCAUGGAUUCUGCAUUUGAGAAUUCCUCUGUUCACUAAAAUUUAUUUGCAACUCCUAAAUCAAAACUCGUGGUGCUCUCUCCGUUGUUUGGGACACAUGUAGGGUGGCCUAAAAUUUGAAUCGCAACACACGCUGGUUCCUAGCUGAGGUCACUCCAGGGUUCAAGGGCGCUCCUGCUUUUUUCUCUUAGCUCUCAUAAAGUGUCCUUUUCAUGGUCAACCUAGGGCCAUGUUCUCACAAUUUUUGAGCUUUUUGUUGGUGAUUUCACUUUUGAAAUGGCCCCAAGCACAGUGCUCAAGUGUUACCUCGUGUUCCUAAGCGCUGGAAGGCUGUGCUGUUUCUCAGGGAGAGAACACAUGAGUUAGA